GCGACACUGUUGUUGCAAAAACAUAACCUACACAUAACCUGUACAUGUCAACAGAUAAAAAAUACUUGUUUUAAGUAAUUGCCACUUCAUUUACAGUAAAAUGACGCAGAUUGUCAAAAGUAAAAUCGACCAAGCAUGUCGCGUAGCUGAAGAGUUUACCAAACUUUACUACGAAACAUCAGACAAGAGACGUCACUUGAUGUCAAAGUUGUAUCUAGACUCAGGCCUACUAGCAUGGAAUGGUAACGGAAUUAAUGGGAAUGAAAGAAUACAGAAGUUUUUCAUAGACCUGCCGACGUCAGACCAUAUAAUCAACACAUUAGACGCCCAACCAGUACUAGAUUCAGCUGUGAAUGGCCAACUUACAUUCAUGAUUCAAGUCAGUGGUACUGUGAGAUACCAAGACCGUGUUCCUAAGUCAUUCCAACAAAAUUUUAUUAUCACCGCACAAGGAGACAAAUGGAAGAUAGUGAGCGACUGCUUCAGACUUCAAGAGCCUUUGACUAAUAAUGAUACAAAGAGUUAAUACAUGUUUUGGAUUAAAAUAAAUACUUUUCUACAAUGAAA